UUUUGUGUAGUUUUUAUGUUAACAAAAAUGUGUUUAAUUUAUGGUUAAAAGUCGUGAAGUUUGAGUCGAGUCUAUCACUUGAUUCACAUGAUUGACAGACAUAUGAUUUAACACUGGUUUUGCACUUUUUGUGGUUCACAUCUGAUUUGCAUAUCAUUUGUAUUGUGUGUUAUUUACAGGCAUUUAAAUUCAGUUUAGUUAAUACAUGUAUACACUAUACAGCGUGUGAAUAGUGUACACAAUUAGGCAUAUUUAUUUUGUAAACGUAACCUUGCUCAAUAUUCAACAUUCUAGCCGUACAUACAUUGAUAACCGGCAACCAAAACAACCCAAGCUAUUAAUAAUUACACCAAUUAUUAAUACUCACUAGUGAUAUAUAACGUGCAGACAAUCAACUGCUGGAUGUAUUGGAUCUACUGAUUGGAUCGCAAGCACAUCAACCGAACCGGCGAUGGUUUUGGGCGAGAGUUUUAAACCCCUGUCGCCGAAGAGACGACGAACGGAACCGUUGGACCCGAUUGCGAGCCCACCGGCGUUGACCACAGUUCCCGUCGAUGACAGGGCCGGCCGGACACGAGUCCAUGACCUGAAACACGAGAGCUUUGUAUUCAAAUACACGCUAUCAUUCUUAGCGGCCAGUUGUGCCGAAACAAUUACCUAUCCUUUGGAUCUCAUUAAAGGUCGUUUGCAAAUACAGGGCGAGAAAGCGCUCACCAAUUAUGAGAGCUUUAAAGGGCAUCAGAGGGCUAUCGCUCACAGAGGGAUGGCCGGCACCGCACUCGGCAUCGGUAAGUGA